AGCCGCAGCGCCGCAGCUGAGCCGGCCGCUGCGGGCAGUCGGCCCCCGCACCGGGCGCGGGGCGGGCGGCCGCGGUGAGGCGCGGAGGGCGGCGCGGGCACCGGGGCCGGGCCAGGGCUGCAGCUGCAGCGGCCGCGGCCAUGGGGGCCCUGACGAGCCGGCAGCACGCGGGCGUGGAGGAGGUGGACAUCCCGUCCAAUUCCGUGUACCGCUACCCGCCCAAGUCCGGAAGCUAUUUUGCCAGCCACUUCAUUAUGGGAGGAGAGAAGUUUGACUCAGCUCAUCCUGAAGGUUACCUGUUUGGAGAGAACAGCGAUCUGAACUUUCUGGGGAACAGACCAGUUGCGUUCCCUUAUGCCGCCCCACCUCCCCAAGAACCUGUGAAGACUCUGAGAAGCCUGGUCAAUAUCCGAAAGGACACGCUGAGGCUCGUCAAAUGUGCUGAGGAAGUGAAGAGCCCUGGAGAAGAGGCCAGCAAAGCUAAAGUCCACUACAAUGUUGAGUUCACCUUUGACACAGAUGCUAGGGUAGCCAUCACCAUCUAUUACCAGGCCAUGGAAGAGUUCCAGAAUGGUAUUGCCAGCUACAUUCCCAAAGACAACAGCCUCCAGUCAGAGACUGUGCACUACAAGCGAGGAGUGUGUCAGCAGUUCUGCCUGCCCUCCCACACCGUGGAUCCCUCCGAGUGGGCCGAAGAGGAGCUUGGCUUUGAUCUGGACAGAGAAGUUUACCCUCUAGUGGUACAUGCUGUGGUGGAUGAAGGAGACGAGUAUUUUGGCCAUUGCCAUAUACUGCUGGGGACUUUUGAGAAGCACACAGAUGGAACUUUCUGUGUCAAGCCCCUCAAACAGAAACAAGUAGUAGACGGGGUCAGCUACCUCCUUCAGGAGAUCUAUGGAAUUGAAAACAAGUACAACACACAAGAUUCUAAGGUGGCUGAAGACGAAGUGAGUGAUAACAGUGCCGAGUGUGUGGUGUGUCUCUCGGAUGUCCGGGACACCUUGAUUCUGCCCUGUCGCCACCUCUGCCUCUGUAACACCUGUGCAGACACCCUGCGCUACCAGGCCAACAACUGCCCCAUCUGCCGACUGCCCUUCCGGGCACUGCUUCAGAUCCGAGCCAUGAGGAAAAAAUUGGGCCCUUUGUCCCCAACCAGCUUUAACCCCAUCAUCUCAUCCCAGACAUCUGACUCUGAAGAACAUUCAUCCUCAGAGAAUAUUCCACCAGGCUAUGAAGUAGUAUCUCUUCUGGAGGCCCUCAAUGGGCCCCUCACCCCAUCCCCAGCAGUUCCUCCACUUCACGUGCUUGGAGAUGGCCACCUCUCAGGAAUGCUCCCUUCGUAUGGCAGUGAUGGCCACCUGCCCCCUGUCAGGACCAUCUCACCUCUUGACCGCCUGUCUGACUGCAGCAGCCAGGGACUCAAACUCAAAAAGAGUCUCUCCAAGUCCAUUUCCCAAAACUCUUCCGUGCUGCAUGAAGAGGAAGAUGAGCGUUCCUGCAGUGAGUCGGAGACACAGCUCUCUCAGAGACCAUCAGCUCAGCAUCUCGGAGAGGAAUGUGGUGUGACUCCAGAAAGUGAGAAUCUCACCUUGUCGUCAUCUGGAGCUAUUGACCAGUCGUCUUGUACAGGGACGCCUCUGUCGUCCACUAUUUCCUCCCCAGAAGGCCCUGCCAGCAGCAGCUUGGCCCAGUCUGUCAUGUCCAUGGCAUCCUCCCAGAUCAGCACCGACACCGUCUCCUCCAUGUCUGGCUCCUACGUCGCCCCUGGCACUGAAGAGGAGGGAGAGGCUCUCCCUUCCCCCCAGUCUGCCAGCAGGGCCCCCUCAGAAGAAGGAGAGGGGCUGCCAGCGGAGUCUCCAGACAGCAACUUUGCUGGCCUCCCAGCUGGAGAGCAGGAUGCAGAGGGAAAUGAUGUUAUGGAGGAAGAGGAUGGAUCACCCACGCAGGAAGAUGGCCAGAGGACAUGCGCAUUUCUAGGUAUGGAGUGUGACAAUAACAAUGACUUUGACAUCGCAAGCGUGAAAGCACUGGACAAUAAGCUGUGCUCUGAGGUCUGCUUACCUGGUGCCUGGCAGGCUGAUGACAAUGCCGUCAGUCGGAAUGCCCAGCGCCGGCGCUUGUCAUCCAGCAGCCUGGAGGACUCUGAGACGAGGCCCUGUGUGUGGGGCCCCUUGGCUGUCUGAGCCCCAACCUCUGCACUUGGGCUCCUCUCCUGCCCCUGCAUUCCAUCCAUCCUCACUCAGCUGCUGCCUCCUGGGCAUCCUCAGCAAGAUGCUGGAGACUUUUCACCCUCCUGUGACAGCUGUUACAACCUGUAACCACAAUCCCUCACCUCUCAGAGGGAACUGGAGCUCUCCUUUCUCCCCGUGACCUAAAGCCACUCAAUGAACUGCAGCUCACGAGACCCUUUGCAGGGACUCUGGAAUGCCCCCACGGUAUCUUGAUGUUCAGGUGGAGCUGGGGUCCAUGGGCUAAUUUCUUACACAUCUUUUUUCUCCUUAGGGGGUAGAACAAGAAGGCUUAGAGUUUUGGCAGCUUUGUUACAAACAUCCCUCGGCAUUUCCUGGUCUCUGGCACAUCAUAACCAAUUGGAAACCUGCAGUUUGGGGUAGGGCUGUGAAAAGGGAGAGCAAUACUGCACGGAUAUGGCAUUUCCCUUCACAAGCACUAGGAGCACCUUUCUCAAGGACAAGAAAUGGUAGCAACCAAAAGGUUGGUUGAAAGAAAAAAUCCUUCCUUCUGGUAGCAGAGCCAGUCUCCUGGGCCUCACGUGCCUGUCUGCUUAAGAAGAAGCCCUUGAAUCUGAGAAUCCCCCAGUUAAGAUGAUUUCCCUUAAGGAGCAUUUCUCCUGAUCAGGUGCAUUCAGGGAGGCCUGGGACUCCAUCCUAAGGUGACAUUUCAAGAAACGUGUUGACCACCUCUGUGUGCCAAGCACUGGGUGAGGAGUGGUCUUAUAUUUCAUCUUCACUCACCCGGGAGGUGGCAUUCUUGUCCCUAUUGCCCCCAUCUCUACCCCCUUUUGUUAAUGGUUGAGAGAAAUGUGAACCAGUGAUUCUUAGUUUGGUGCCCAGGUCCCCAAAGGAAGUGGUGGAGAGCCUUGAACUAAGUUCAGGCAGCAGCAUGUGGCCAGCAGCAGUGCGCUGGGAGCAGAGGUUGGAAUCAGGGCUCAGGGCCUUCACCUCAAGGGCUCUCCCCAUCCUCCAUGUGUUCCUCCCUUACCUUCCAGAGCUACUGAGCCUAAUCACUGAAGAGGGAGACGGAGCCAGUCACAUGCUGACUGGCAGUUCAGAAAUAGUGUUCUGUUCGUGUGCACUCCCCGCCCCAGUCCAGUGUGAGGUCACAAA